AUGCGCCCUUUCAAGCUCGUGCUCAGCCUUCUAGGCGCCUUUGGCCUCUUUGGCGGCGCAGAGGCCUUCACCAACCCUGUCCGCAACCCCGGAGGCAGUGAUCCCCAGGUCACCUACUCGGGAGGCUACUACUACCUCAUCUCGACGACAUGGGACAACCUACAGCUGCGAAGGGCCACGACCAUUCAGGGUCUCAAGUCGGCCACCCCCAGGGUCAUCUACUCGGACACCAACCCUUCGCGUCGCUGCAACAUGUGGGCGCCCGAGAUGCACUACUUUGACGGCCGGUGGUACAUCUACUACACGGCCGGCAACUGCAACAACCUCGACGGACAGAGAAUGCACGCUCUCGUCGGUGGUGCCACCCCCUGGGACUCAUGGUCGUACGGCCGUCAGAUGCUCAACGAGUGGGGCAUCGAUGGGACCGUCGUCCGCUUCGCUGACUGGGGCAACUACUUUGUCUACUCAUGCCAGACGGGCGUGCAAUACCAGUCGACGUGCGUCCGCAAGCUGGGCAGCGACUACAUCUCCACCACCGGCGGCCUCUCCAUCAUCUCGCAGCCCGACCAGCCCUGGGAGCGCUCCGGCACCCCUGUCCAGGAGGGCGCCAACGCCCUCUACUUUGGCGGCAGGACGUACAUUGCCUACUCGGCCAACUACUGCUGGACCCCCGACUAUUGCGUCGCCACGCUCGAGUGGAACGGCACGGGCAACCCGGCAUCGCCUUCGUCUUGGACCAAGUCGAAUGGCUGCGUCCUGUCCAGCGCCAACGGCCACUACGGCACCGGCCACAACAGCUUCUUCAUGAGUCCCGACGGCACCGAGACCUGGAUCACGUUCCACGCCACGUCCAACCCCAAUGGCGCCUGCGACGACUCGCGCUACGCCCUGGUCCAGCCCCUCCGCGCCAACCAGAACGGCACCCCGAACUUUGGCAUUGCGCAGGGUCCGUCGUACAACUGGCCCGAGCCAAGCGACUAG